AUGGAUGGUGGAAAAGCCGUACAGCGUCGGGAAGUUCCGAUGAACCACCUGUUCGAUGGUGGUGAACUGAACGUGUACGAUCAAAAGAUUGCCAAUCUGUCGGCAGGUGCACCCGGGCCGGAUCUGCUCGGGAAGAGCGCUGAAACGUUCCGGCAGGCAACGGAAGAGCGGGUUAAAUAUGAGCUUAACAACUCUUCCUUCCUCUUCCAAUAUGGUCCCACUAUUGGAACGACGGAAUUUCGUAAAACCCUUGCCUCGUUUCUAGCCGAUGGAUAUCGUAGCGAGGUACACAUGUCCGAUCUGGUUCAAACCAGUGGCGCAACGAACGGGCUCCAUCUGAUACUCUCCACCCUAGUGGAUUUGACUGGUGUAAUAUUCGUUGACGAAUACACGUACAUGAUAGCGCUGGAAACCAUCGCCCAGUUUAACACAAUGAAAAUAGUUCCAGUGCCCCUUGAUGAGGAUGGUCCCAACGUGGCUUCGCUGCAAGCGCUGAUUGCUCAGCACCGGUUCGAGGCGACGAAAGGGAAACUAUUUUGGGGCGUUUAUUACACGAUACCGACGUUUCACAACCCGACCGGGAUCGUGUUUUCUGAGGAAAAAUGUCAACAGCUGAUAAAGCUGGCCCGUGAAAGCGACAUCUUGAUUGCGUGUGACGACGUGUACAAUUUAUUGCACUACGAUAAUCCCGCGGCACCACCGCCGAAGCGCUUGUUUGCCUACGAUAUUGCCGAUCUGGGCCGGGUGGAUGGAUGGGCCGGGAAUGUUAUCUCGAACGGAUCGUUUUCGAAGAUCCUUUCCCCCGGAAUUCGGCUAGGAUGGAUGGAAUGUCCUCCGCGGUGUGUUGAAGCAUUUCGAAAUAGUGGAGUGCUGAAAAGUGGAGGUGCAGCCAACAACUACACUGGCGGUGUAGUGAGCACGCUCAUUCAAAUGGGCUUGGCUCAGCAACAGCUAGAACACUACAGCAACAACUACACCAUGCGACUGAAUGCGAUGGCCGAAACGUUGGACGAACAUCUUCCAAAAGAGUGCAGCUUCCGUAAGCCGAAGGGUGGAUACUUCGUCUGGAUACGCUUCCCGGCCCAUAUCGAUUGUGCCGAGUUCAAUCGGUACUGUUUGGAAAAGUACAACGUGUCCGCCAUUCCUGGCAUUAGGUUUUCCAUUACCGGCGAGGCUCGUCACUUUAUACGCCUCACAUUUGCGUUUCACGAGCCCGACUAUCUGCGCCGCAGUGUGAGAACGUUCUGUCAGGCGGCGAAGGAUUAUCUUGCGAUAGCGUCGACGCCAUAA